AUUAACAAUAUAAAUUGUUUAUCUAGUUUCAAAAAUACAAAUGAUCAUUUUUAUCCUGGAUUCAUUGUCAAAAUAACGAUUUUCUUGAUUAUAACCAGAAUCGACAACGUCUUCACUAUCGUAAAAUUAUAGAUAUGACGUUAAAACUUUUAUUUAUGCUAAUUAUGCCUUUGGCCUAUACGGUUGUCAGCCAGUUUCUAGAGGAUCGUUUCACCUCGACUGUAUGUGCCGAUAAAGCGGGCUGUAUGCGGGGUCGUUUAAUGCGUGGUUAUAAUACACCUUUAUUUGAGGCCUUUAUGGGUAUACCGUAUGCUUUGCCGCCAUUGGGGGAAUUGAGAUUUAGUAGUCCCAAGGAGUUUCCAAAAUGGGAAAAUACUUUGAAUGCCUUUGAAGCUAAACCGGAUUGUAUACAAAAGAAUUAUUUACUGCCAACAUAUCCGGUAUCGGGUAGUGAGGAUUGUUUGUAUUUGAAUGUUUAUAGACCUUUGCAUCAUCACAGCACCCACAAAUUACCCGUUAUGAUCUAUAUACAUGGUGGCGGUUGGUUUAGUGGUACUGCCAAUCCUGUCAUAACAGGUCCUGAAUAUAUUAUGGAUACCGAGCAAGUUAUAUUGGUAACAUUUUCCUAUCGAUUAGGAGCAUUAGGUUUUCUAUCCACCGGCGAUGCAAAUAUACCCGGUAAUUUCGGCUUAAAAGAUCAACUAUUAGCCAUGAAAUGGGUACAAAAUAAUAUAGCGGCAUUUGGUGGUGAUCGGGAAAAGGUAACUUUAUUUGGCCAAAGUGUGGGUGGUGUAUCGGCUCAUAUGCAUAUGUUAAGUCCUCAGGCGGAGGGUUUAUUUCAGGGAGUAAUAGCUUUAAGUGGCACCGCUAAUGUACCGUUUGCUAUUAACGACCAACCACUGGAGCAAGCAGUACGCACCGCCGAAUUGUGUGGUAUUGAAAAUGCCACAAAUUUAAGUACAAGGGAACUGUUGCAUUCGUUAAGAGCGGUAGAUGUUGAUAUUUUAAUACGAGCAGGAGAUGGUUUAAAAUUUUGGAGUAGU